AUGCUGCCUACAGAUAAACCAGCACCACCUGCAGCAGCAACUUCUGCUGCUGCUGCUGCUCCGGUUGCUGCUGCUGCUGAUGCUGCAGCAACAGCAGCUAUGCCAGCUACGCCAAAGACAGCAGCAACUGCAGCAGCUGCAGCAGCAGGAACACCAGCAGCAGCAGCAGCAGCAGCAGCAGCAGCAGAAGACACAGCAGCAGUGCAUGCAGAGAUUGAGAGAAGGUUUGCUGCUCUAUACAAAUUAGCUGAUCUACCCGUGGAGCUGCAGCAGGCAGCAGAUUGCUGGUCUCUUGGUGCCUGCAUAUUCAGCAUAGUAAGCGGGGGGCUGCACCCCUACGGGUCGACAGCAAACCCCAAAGAAACCCUCAGCAACAUGGAAAAGGGAAAUAUCGUCAACAUGAAACUCCUGGACAAGUCUCCCUUACUGCAGGAUUUGUUGCUGCUGCUGCUGCAGCAGCAACCGCAGCAGCAGCAGCAGCAGCAGCAGCAGCAGCAGCAGCAGCAGCCAGUGCUUCGUCUUGCUGCUUGUCACCCCAUCUUUUGGUCUGCUUCUGAUAUGCUGCUCUUCCUUAAGACAUUCAAAACAAUGCUGCAGCAGCAGCAGCAGCAGCAGCAGCAGCAGCAGCAGCAGCAGCAGCAGGAGUGCAUGAAGGUGGGAGAAGCGGGUAUAUCUUGCAGCAACACCGACAGCAGCAGCAGCAGCAACAGCAGCAACAGCAGCAGCAGCAGCAGCGAGAAGCAACUUGGUCUGUCGGCAUCGCCAGAAGCAGCAGCAGCAAAAUCUGAAGACACAGCAGCAGCAGCAACAACAGCAGCAGCAGCAGCAGCAGCAGCAGCAGCAGCAGAUAGCUGCUGCAGCAAGCAGCUAGAGAAAGCUCUGAAUGCCCUAAAAAAAACAAAUUUGUCUCCUUUUGUUCUUCGCUCAGUUUGCUGCUGGCAGCAGCUUCGUACCAUAGGCAGACAUCUCUUCCCUCAAUACAAACAGCUAUUUGCUGAGCCUGAAGAAGCAGCAGCAGCAGCAGCAGCAGAUGAGUUAGCUGCGAAGGAAGCAGCAGCAACGGCAGCAGCAGAAGCAGCAGCAGCAGCAACAGCAGCAGCAGCACAGAAGGAAGCCGACGUGGCAUGUGAUGCUGUUGCUGCUGCAUGCAGCAGCAGCAGCAGCAACAGCACCGAAGGCACAGUGCAAGACGCUGAGGGCCUAUCCCCAGCAGCAGCAGCAGCAGCAGCAGCAGCAACAGCAGCAGCAACACCAGCAACAGCGGGGGAGAAGCAUGUUGCCUCUCCUCUAUGUCAAGCAGCAGAAGCAAUGACGCCUGCUGCUGCUGCUGCUGCUGCUGAUGCUGCAGUUGCUGCUGCUGAUGCUGCAGUUGCUGCUGCUUCUGCUGAGAUAGAAACAGCAGCAGGAACCCCAGCAGCACCGCAGGAGCCUUCAACUGCUGCAGCAGCAGAUGCUGCAGCAGAGCAGCAGGUAGCAUCUGCUGCUGCUGCUGCUACUAAACCAGCAGCAGCAGCAGCAGACGAUGGGUCAGCUGCAGCAGCAGCAGCAGCAGCAGCAGCAGCAAACCCACCGUUCAGCAGAGCAGCAGCUUCGUACACCGAAGAGGAGCGCAGCAGCGUGCUGCUGCAGCUGCUGCAGCAGCACCCGCAGCUGCUGCUGGCAGCAGCAAGGUCAGGCCUAGAGCCUCUCUUCUUGAUGGCGUUCCCCCCCAUAAGCGAUCGUGCUGCAGCAGCAGAAAGACAAGCAGCAGCAGCAGCAGCAGCUGCUGCUGCUGCUGCAGCAGUGGCCGCUGCUGCUGCUCCUGCUGCUGCAACGAGAAUCCCUGCAGCAACAAACGACGAAGCCGAAGGCCACUUGCAGCAACAGCAGCAGCACCAACAGCAGCAGCAGCAGCAGCAGCAGCAGCAGCAGCAGCAGCAUGCAACAUCGCCGAGGCUGAAGCAGCAGCUGCUGCAGAUACAGCAGCAAAUAGACAACCGCGUGCAUGAAGCCUUUAGGCAUCAGGUGGUGCAGCACGUGCUGGAGAAGGCCACAGAGCAGCAGCAGCAGCAGCAGCAGCAGCAGCAGCAGCAACAGCAACAGCAGCAGCAGCAGCAGCAGCAGCAACAGCAACAGCAGCAGCAGCAGCAGCAGCAGCAGGAAUCCCCCAAGCAGCAGCUCAUUGACAGCUUGCUGCUGCUGCAAAGCAGCAGCAACAGCAGCAGCAGCAGCAGCUAA